GCCCUUCUUCCCUCAAGAAAAAAAGAAAGCAUGUCCAAAAGCCCCUUUGAGGAUCCUUCAAAUCCCUUUCAGGAUCCUUCUAUUACUUCUGCUUUAAACUCAAGUCAAAAAAUAGAAGACGCUGCAAUUGAAGAUAUUCAACUUCAAGAUGAAUUCACCAGCUUCCAUCAUGUAUCAGAUAAUCAUGACCCUUAUGCUAGCCAGACCACAACAACAAUAGAUACAGCCAAUACGAAACAAGAUGAACUAAAAGCAAAAGAAGAAGCACUUCGUCAAAAGGAAAGAGAGCUGGCAGAUAGAGAAAGAGAUUUGGAAAAUAGACAAAGGAAUACAGCAGAAAUGAGAGGAGCAAACAACUUUCCGCCAUGUUUUCCCUUGAUGUAUUUAGACAUUUCAGCAGAGAUUCCAGUUGAACAUCAGUCAACUGUUUGGUGGAUUUAUAGAGAAUGGUUACUAUUCGAGGUAACACUCGUUUUAAACUUUGUCGCGUGUCUUUGUGUCUUGUUCUCUCAUCCAUCCUCAGUUGACUUUGCACCUGCUAAUAUGGGUAUUGCCCUUACAGAGAUGUUUACGCAUACCUUGGCUAGUUUCUUUUUAUGGUACAGACCAGUUUAUAACGCUUAUAUGAAAGAGAAUUCACUCUAUUAUUACUUCUUUUUUAUAUUUAAUGGAUUUCAUAUCCUUUAUACUUUCUAUAUGGCAGUUGGCAUACCAUCAACAGGAGGUGCGGGCUUGAUUCUAUUGAUUACAUUAUUCAGUGACCAUUAUAUUGGUACGGGUGUGAUGACGCUAUUGGCUACUAUCUGUUGGUUUACUAUGGGAUUUUUGGCUCUUUUCCUUUAUAAAAGGACCUAUGAUCAUUAUAAAGCAGCAGGACAUACAUUUAAUGAAGCCAAGAAUGAGGCUUAUUCGCACAUGGGUAAAUCAAGUCUAGUAAGAGAUGCAGCUGUUAAUGCUGCACUUCGAAGAUAAAGAAAAAAUAAUAUCACAUGCGUAUGUUUUUACAUGUGAAAAUAAAUUUUUAUUUAUUCGCUCUUUCUUUCUUUCUUUCUUU